AUGAUAAAGCGAGGUAUUUUGGCACGACACUGUUGUCGAUAUAACUCAACUAUUCUGUUUACACCCAAUGAAACUAAACAUAUCUUUGACGAGGAAAAGUUGACUCGAGAAGAAAAUUAUCUAGCGGUUCCUAGUAAACCCGAUUUUUCAAAUAUACAAAAACGAUUUGAACAUAUAAUCAAUCCUGAAGAAGUGGCCGACCUAGUGACAAAGUUGAAUACGAACGAUGUGCUAAUAGCUUCGUUAUCGAAAAAUCAAUGUCUAUACGGUGAUAAAUCAUAUGUAUUGAAAAGCAUCAAAAACAAUGGUUUAACAACACCUACGCGGUUCCCGUAUGCAACAAUCAUGAGUAGCUGGAAAUCCUUGUUUAAUCAGCAAAUAAAACAGCUACAAGACUUGGAACCAAAGAAAGCAGACGUUAUGUUGAAAUCUACAGAAUAUCACAGAGUGUACCGUGACAAUAAACUCACACCUAGACAAUUUUUCGAGCAAAGUAAAGCUUUUGAGAAUUCUCGGAAAUUGAAUAGCGGCAAGUUCCAACUUUCCGAAUUGCACGGACUGUUCACAGUUGAGAAAGCGUCCGAUGUAGUAUUGGACUGCACAGAAACACAGACAGAAUUUGUACAAUUUGUACAGUUUAUAAAAGCACACUUACUGGAGUUUACUUUUGAAGGGUUGAAAAAUCUUCUCACGAGAGUUUCUGCAAAGAGUUUAGCACUAGGUGGUGCUAAUGGUAAUACCAAUAGUGAUAGUAGUUGCGGAGAAUCGGAGGUUUCAGACAUAUUCAAAGUGGUUCAUGGUCAUUUCCCGCAACUUAUUCAAAGCUUAACUGGUCGCACUUUGGAUAAUUUAGCAAGAGUUACAGCUGAUAUGGAUUUGGAACUAAGCCAGUCCAUAUUGAAGGAAUUGCUUGACCGUGGAUAUUGUCCGGAGGUUGAUACAAUCGAAGCAUUUUUAAACCGUUAUUUAAUUCGGAACCUGGACAAAAUCGAGUCAAGGGACUUAUUCUUUCUCAAAUCUGUGCUUUUCCAUCGUGCACCAAGCCCGACUUUAAUAGAAGUUGUCUUGACUUCCAUCACCAAUAUCAAUGAACUUACCAAGUUUAUCAUGCUUUUGAAGAAAUUUCCAAAUGUACUUGCAGAGCAACAACUAGUCUUGUAUGAGAAAUUGGAAGAGUUUAAUAUUACACCACUUGUAAAAGCAAAUUUUCUUAGGCUAUUACAACAAGAGAAGAUAGAGGCUAAGGCAGAAUUGUUGGAAAAAAUUAGUUCAUGA